AUGCAAUGCUCCUGGGCAUUAGUUUUGGGACUGAGCAUCGGCUUCCACUUGGGAGCGGGUCACUCCGUGGACAGAAGUUGGGAACUGCCAAAAGUUCGGGUUACCGUGGGUGAUAUUAGCCAUAUCUGCGUAGGCAGGCAGGAGGGCGAGCUGGUGUCCCAUCCGUUAGACUGCAAUGGCUACUUUUCGUGCUCGCGUGUACCCACGUUGCUUUAUUGCAACCAGGGACUCCACUUCGAUAGCGAGCGUAGGAUCUGCGAUAUUCCAGAGAAAGCCAAGUGCCGGCCACGCGAUACUAGUAGCAACGAGCUAAACUGGUGGUCGUCUCACAAGCCGCGUCCCGUCUUCGUGGCCGUUGAUGUGGUUAGUGGCCAGCCGGUGAAUCCCAUGGAGAAGUACGAUCCGGAGCAUAUGGAAUGCCGGCACUACGGAGCCUACUUCCUGCCCCAUCCCACAAAUUGCCGGCUGUACUUCAUCUGCGCCUACGGCCACCUGCACCGUCAUCAGUGUGGGCAUGGCACCUGGUGGAACUUUGAGGUGUCCGAGUGUCAAUUGGGCAAUGAGGUCGUGUGCUACGGCGACUCUCGAGUUCCAGAGCUCCUAACGGAUAUACAGACGCCGUUCAUUGAGGGCACCACCACACCCAGCAGCGAUGCUCCUGUGACCGUCUGCUACAUCGUCGGAUCAAGUGGAAUCAGCACCUUGCCGCAAUUCACGGGAAUGGAACCAGAGGUCAGCGAAGUCACUGUAGCCGUAGAAGUGACUCCGGCGACGGCAGCUUCACCGCCGCGUGCCGAGUCCACCACUGCCCUGACCUGUCCAUCUACCAUGCAGAGCUACAUGUCGCAUCCGGAGGACUGCAGCAAAUACUACAUUUGCAUCAGCGGCAUGCCGGUGCUGACCUCCUGUCCCAAGGGCCUCUUCUGGGACCAGAAGUCCGGCUACUGCGACAUGGAGAAGAAAGUCAAGUGCUUCCAGAAGUGA